AUGUCGGGGGACGACCCGGACGGAGAAGCCAUCGGGUCUUUGAUGUUGCCAGGCGAGCAGAUUGUCCUGGUGACGGCGGGAGAAGACGGAGGCGAUUCGAGGACUGGUCGCUUCGUGGGUGACGAGCCUGACUAUGAGAGGAUGAAAAGGUGGUUACGUCUCUGCGACACUGGACCUUCACACCGAGGGGUUUGCACGAAGUACGACGGAGAGCACGGAAGUAGUGAAGUCGAGAAGAAGAGACGUGCUGCGGCACUCCCAAAACUUAGGGUGGUAGACGCUCAGGACAUGAGACUCGUGGAUAUUUCUUGGGACGACGACCAUGGCGACGACGACAAAAGGUACGUGGCUUUGAGUUACGUCUGGGGAGGAGCGAGUCCUCCCAAAUUGUUCAAGAGUCAGGUCGAGACGUUGUCGAUCCCGGGAGCGCUGGAAGAUCUGGUACCGUCGAUGCCGGCAACGAUCAGGGAUCUUUUCACCUUCACCAGAAAGAUGGGUUUGCGGUAUCUUUGGUUCGACUCGCUGUGUCUCAUCCAGGACGACCUCGAGGACUUGUCGAGAGGUAUAGCCAACAUGGAACUCGUUUACGAGUCUUCGUACGUCACUCUGAUAGCGGCGGACACCGAAUCGGCCGACACUGGUAUACCUGGUGUCGGCUUGCUCCCCCGAGAGAAGACGAAGAACGACAGACAGGAUGUUCAACGACUCAAACCUGGGUUGGAGGUGAUGCGAGUUCACUCCGUCGACCGACACCUCCGGCACUCAAAAUGGAACACCCGAGGUUGGACACUGCAAGAGUACUACCUCAGUCGUAGGAGCAUCACGUUCGUCAACGACCAGGCUUACUUUCGCUGUCGACAACGCACUUGGUACGAAGAACUCUGGACGGACCUUGAACCCGAAAGACCCAGGGGCCAGGACUUGGACGUCUUGACUUUUGCCAGGGACAACAUGGACCUGGGGAUGCGUGACGUCGCGACGUACACUUUUCUGUUUCAGGUCUUGGAGAUCUAUCAAGGUCGGGACCUGACGGACGAGAACGACGCGCUGAGUGCGAUGGCAGGCAUCCUCGGUCGUGUCGCCACCAGUGCGAGGACGGGCAUCGUGCAAGGCAUGCCGACCCGAAUCUUUCCCUUGUCGUUGUUGUUCCUGCACGCGGCGGCAGGACUUCGUGGAGCACCGACGAGACGACGAAAGCGGUUCCCGAGCUGGAGCUGGGCGGGGUGGAAGGGAGGGGAGCUGUCGUGGUAUCCCUUUGAUCGAAUGGAUCUGAUGAAUGCGGUCGACGAGGACAAUGAUUUCAACGAGGACAAGGAACUCGAGAAUGCUCUCGGAAAAUGUUGGGUCACCUUUCAGACCCUGAAUGGUUUGGAGAGCCAAGGCAGUGGCCCAGAUGGACGACGACACGUCGAAUCUGAAACGAUAUGGAAACCGACAAUAAUACCGCCACCACCAGUAGUCCCUAAAAAGUACUCCGAUGGCACCGUCAAUACGGAAAACUGGCUCGAUUUGUUUCUUGCCUUGCCAGAAUUCGCCGGUUCUGGAUCGGACAUCAUCUCAGCAUCGUCGGACAACGAUGAUGACCGUCUAGACCGCAACACAAAGAUUGCUGCUGCUGCUGCUGCUGCUGCUGCAGCUGGUCUGUCGGUCGCGGACGACAAUGCUAUCGAUGAUCUUCGCAUUCGAGAGUAUCCCUUACUCGUAUUCCAUACUGCUACGGUAUGGUAUCGCGUGAAGACCAUACCCGAGUGCGGAGAUGAUGAAGAUGACGAAGAUGACUCUGACAACGACGACGCCGAGCGUCCGAGUUUUGCGGAGUACAAGUCGCGUACUUACGAGAUAGGGGGUCGCGGGGACGAAGAUUGUGGCGUGCUCUAUGCCGACGAGAAGCUGUCGCUCGAAGACGACAAUGUGGAGAAAUUCGUCGUGCUGGAAGAAUGUCACAAGGUUGAGUUUCCGUUGGAGUUUGACACUUAUUGUGAACAAGUCGCGGAAGAGCCGGUCUUCUGGGUCAUGUUGAUACGUCUGGUCGAUGGGGUAUGGGAGAGACGAGGCAUCGGACAAUUACUGCAGAGCUGUCUGGCAAAUUCUUAUGAACCAGGUGUGACUUGGGAGAAAGUCGUGCUAGGGUAA